AGUCCCGGAAGUAGCUGAGUUGUGUAGGCUUCGGUCACCCUCCAUUUUGUGCAAACCGCAGCAACUGAAAAAACACACAUAAAGGGUGAAAGUUUCCGUUUGGCGGGACUCGGAAGUGAGUAAACGAAACCAUGAGCACGCUGAACGUCAAAAAGCUCAAAGUGAACGAGCUGAAGGAGGAGCUGCAGCGUCGUGGCCUGGACACUCGGGGUCUCAAGGCGGAUUUAGCGGACAGACUGCAGGCGGCGCUAGAGGCCGAGGCCGCCGGAGCAGAAGAAGAAGAGCAGGACACCAAGGGGGAGGGGCAGGAGGAGUGCGAGGGCAGAGAAUUUGCUGCUGACAUGUCAGGCAACGGCGGCGCCGACGACCCUCAGUAUGACGAUGGCUGUCAGAGCCAGGAAAAGGAGGCGAAGAACGAGGAAGACGACAGUAACGAGAACGGCGCUGCUGGUUUUGAAUCGACCGACUUUGCCUCAGAUGACUUGGACCCACCAAAGCAAGGCUACGAUGAGGAUCAAGAAGCCGGUUGGAGCUGCGACGAGCCAGCUGAGAGUCAGGGCUCUCAGGAUCCUGAGGUGAAACAGGAGUACGAGGAGUCGCGUGCGCAACAGGGGCCUUUUGAUGAAGCUCAGGAGCAGCCAGAAGUCAAAGAGCCAGAAACGGAACAGUCUCAGGAGGAGGUGCUGAGUGUAAAAGUGGAGUCAAAGAAGGACGAUGACGCGCCACAGCAAGAAGAGGCAGCAAAUGAACAGACGCCUGCGGAAGGUGAACAUGCAGCGCAGGUUAAGACGGAAGGUGACCAACAGACAUCACAGAGCCGCAAAAGGCCCUACGACGACGGCCGUGGAUACGGGUACUAUGAGCAUCGUGAAGACAGGAGGGGGCGCUCGCCUCAGCCGCCAGCCGAGGAAGAGGAGGAAGACUUUGAUGAAAACCUCGUGGCUAUCGAUACGUAUAACUGCGACCUGCAUUUCAAGGUGGCUCGAGACCGGUACAGUGGCUACCCGCUUACCAUCGAGGGGUUUGCGUACUUGUGGGCAGGUGCCCGAGCUACUUACGGUGUUUCCAAAGGACGUAUAUGCUAUGAAAUGAAGAUCAAUGAGGAGAUCUCGGUAAAGCACCUCCCCACCAGCGAGCCUGAUCCCCAUGUUGUGAGAAUCGGGUGGUCUUUGGAUUCCUGUAGCAUCCAGCUUGGCGAGGAACCCUUGUCCUAUGGCUAUGGUGGAACCGGCAAGAAAUCCUCGAACUGUAAAUUCGAGGACUACGGAGAGAGGUUUGCUGAGAAUGAUGUCAUCGGCUGCUACCUUGAUUUUGAGAGCGGAGACCAAGUGCAGGUGGCGUUCUCGAAGAACGGCAAAUGGCUCGGGCCGUGCUACCGCAUCUCUCACGAGGAGCUGGCUGGUCGUCCUCUCUUCCCACACAUCCUGGUGAAGAACUGCGCUAUCGAGUUCAACUUCGGACAGAAGGAGGAGCCGUAUUUCCCCCCGCCUGAGGGCUACACGUUUAUUCAAGAUUUGGCGUUGCAAGACAGAAGCCGGGGAACUGUUGGACCAGUUACCAAAGCAGAGUGCGAGAUCCUAAUGAUGGUAGGACUACCUGGCAGUGGAAAGACCACAUGGGCCCUUAAGCACGCCAAGGAGAACCCUGAGAAGAAGUUUAAUAUUCUGGGUACCAAUGCCAUAAUGGAAAAGAUGAAGGUGAUGGGACUCCGCCGUCAGAGGAACUACGCUGGGCGCUGGGACAUUCUCAUCUCGCAGGCCACGCAGUGCCUCAAUCGCCUCAUCCAGAUCGCCGCUCGCAAGAAACGCAACUACAUCCUGGACCAGACAAAUGUAUAUGGAUCAGCCCAGAGACGAAAAAUGCGUCCUUUUGAAGGGUUUCAACGCAAGGCUAUUGUAAUUUGUCCCACGGAUGAGGAUUUAAAAGAACGAACAUUAAAGCGAACUGAUGAGGAAGGGAAGGAUGUGCCCGAUCAUGCUGUGUUAGAAAUGAAAGCCAACUUCGUGCUGCCUGAUGCUGGCGAGUUCCUGGAUGACGUGAUCUUCAUAGAGCUGCAGCGUGAGGAGGCCGACACGCUCAUCAAGCAGUACAACGAAGAGGGCCGAAAGGCUGGCCCGCCGCCUGACAAGCGCUUCGAUAAUCGGCCCGGGGGUUUCCGCGGCCGUGGAUUCCAGCGCUAUGAGCACCAAGGGUCGGCACAGGGAACACGAGGCUCGUACCAGAACCGUGGCACCUCUGGAGUAGGUGGCUAUCGUGGAGCUUAUAAUCGUGGAGGGUACAACCAGAACCGCUGGGGGAACAACUACAGAGAUCCAGGAGGCCGAGGAAGCUACAACCGCAGCCCACAAUCAGGAGGCAGCUACACCCACAACCGCCAGGGCUCCUACAACAAAGGGAGCAGUGGAAGCAGCGGGAGCUACACUCCGUCCCAGCCUCAGAAUUACAAUCAAGGUUACACCCAAAGCAGCUACGGCCAAGGAUACAACUAUGGAAACUACAGCCAGUACCCAAGUUACAGCCAGGGUUAUAGCCAGGCACCUGCAACCACGGCCCAGUCAUACAAUCCGCAGCAGCAGCAGCAGCAGCAGCAGACCUACAACCAGCAGUACCAACAGUACGCUCAGCAGUGGCAGCAGUAUUACCAGAACCAGAGCCAGUGGAACCAGUACUACAACCAGUACGGAAAUUACGGCAACUACCAGCAGGGCCAGGGCUCGCAGCAGCAGUAGCCGUAUCCCGCUAUGGCUCUUCCAUAUCAUUCCAUCACCUCUAUUCUUCUUUAGUUUGUUUGUUUGGUUGUUUUUUUUUUUUUUUUUUUAAUUAGUCUCCUUUUCUUUCAGACCACUCCCCCUGUGCUUUCACUCUUUUAUUCCUAAGUUUGCUUUUACUCUCUAACUGCCUAAGUUUUAAAAUUAACUGGAUUUAUCUCGCAUCCCACUAUUGCAUUUUAGUUUCGGAGGCACGAGUCUGCUUUGCUUGCUUUUGAAGUACUUCCUAACUCACAUUGAUGCAUUUGAUAAGUAGCGACGUGUAAAGUAGUUUGCAUUAGAUCCUACACACAGAUUCACGCUCGAAUGCUUUGUAAUGGGGAUGCAAAUAAAUUUAAAUAAUUUUGAUUUGAUGAAAAUUUGUAUGUUGAAAAUUUGCAUUGUUUUAUUUGUCUUCUCAUCAUAUCCUAUAAAAAUUAGACUUUGAGUAGCUGCGUUUUCUAAAGGUUUAACUACAUGUAUGGGUUUCAGAACACAGUUGUAUCUAAUACAAUUGAGAAUUUAAAUACCACAAUUUUUCAUAAAUCAUAACCAAUGAUGGAUACCUGUGGAGUUUGACAGCAUACACGUUUUUACCAUUCUUACGUCUUACCAAUUUCAUGUUUGUUCUCCUUGUAUCUACAAUUUAGUGAGCACUAUGUGGUUGUAAGUUUUUAUACCUCGUAUCAUAUUUGUAAAACUGUAUUGGCAUGUUUGUUUUUUUGUCUGAUCAGAGCUCAUUUUUUUGUAUUUGAGAAUAUAAUAUGAAACCAA